UCCCUAUUUCCGUUUGCCGGUGUUCUGCUUCCGGUCUGUCUAAAAUCUAUUUUGACAUACGCACUUGAAGUGUCAAAGUUUACCAUGAGCUCCGGUUCGACGUGUGCUGUAUCGGGCUGCUACAACAACUCGAAAAAACUGAAGAGUUUUCAAGAAAACCUCUGUGAGGAGCAUAAAAAAGUCAGGAGUGAAUGUCCGUGCCCAGCGCCGUAUGCCUUGCACUGUAUGCCGUCAAAAGAGGAGAGGAAACAGGCCUGGCUCGCGGCUUUGAAAUUAAAAAAUCCUCCGAAGAGAGUUUACGUGUGUUCGUUUCAUUUCGUCGAUAAAAAGCCCACAGAGCUGCAUCCGGAUCCUGAACUCUACCUAGGUCUCAACCGCCCUCAUCAAGGCAGACGAAAACAACUCCAUGAAGCUGACGGACUCGGUGAGAAGAUGUCGGAAGACGCAGUGCGUCAGACACGUAGUCAAAAGCGGGCGUUGGAGCGAGAUGCCCCUGCUUCAGAGGCCGACUUGAAGAGGGUCAAGCUGGAGAGAGGAGAGCUUGGAGCUGUAGAUGGACUGAAAACCAAAAGCGAGCAGGCCAACAAGGUGGCUAACAUCCUGCGGGCCGGGGAGGUGAAGGCCACCAUCAAGGUGGAGGUGCAGACCGGCGACGAGCCCGUGGACAUGAGCACAUCUAAGAGUGACAUAAAGAAAGAGCGACCUCCGACUCCAGAUGAUGUCAUUGUUCUGUCGGACAAUGAGCCUUCUAGUCCUUGUAUGAAUGGGGUCAGCUACAGUUUUAAGAAGGCAGAUACUGAGAUGCUAAUGAAAAGCAGCCCGGCUGAACGUGAGCGUAUCAUCAAACAGCUGCAGGAAGAACUGCGUCUACAGGAGGUCAAACUGGUCCUGCUGAAGAAACUCAGACAGAGUCAGACCCAAAAAGAUGUUGUGCAAAAGUCAAACAAUUCUGUGGCAGCUCCACCACCUCUCGUCAGGGGCAGCAUCUCGUCCACUAAAGGACCCCUACAGGUCUCCAACCGAAACUCUGGGACAGUCAUUCCUCCCCCUCUGGUUCGAGGUGGAACGCAGGUCUCAAAGCACGGCUCCCAUAAUACCGUAGUCAUGCCACCCUUAGUCAGAGGCUCACAGCCCAUCACCGUGACCCCGCAGCAGAUUGCGACCCUUCGGCAGCAGCAACACUCGGGUUCUGGUCCUCCUCCUCUGCUGCUGGGCGCGCGCACCUCCGUACCCACCGUACAGGUGCAGGGCCAGAGGAUCAUUCAGCAGGGCCUGAUCCGUGUGGCCAGUGUAGCCAAUGCAAACGUCCUGGUCUCACAGGCCUCCUCAACCAGUUUGAAGAGCUCUCAGUCUGGUCUGGGCAGCAUCACCUCUGUCAACGCCAACGAGUCUCCUGCCAGCCGGCAGGCCGCCGCCAAGCUUGCGUUACGGAAACAGCUGGAAAAAACCCUCCUUGAGAUUCCACCACCUAAACCUCCAACACCGGAGCUUAAUUUCCUGCCCUCAGCAGCUAAUAAUGAAUUCAUCUACCUGGUGGGGCUGGAAAUGGUGGUCCAGAACCUGCUAGAUACACUGGCUAAAAGUAAGCAGCCACAGACAGAGUCUGCAUCCACCCCGGCACCCAAGGAGCCCUUCACUUGCUCCCAGUGCCAGACGGACUUCACCUCUCGCUGGAGGCAGGAGAAGAGCAGUGGCACCAUCCUGUGUGAGCAGUGCAUGAGCUCCAACCAGAAGAAAGCCCUGAAGGCUGAGCACACCAGCCGCCUGAAGGCAGCCUUCGUCAAAGCCCUGCAGCAAGAGCAAGAGAUCGAGCAGCGCAUCCUGCAGCAGGCGGCCUCGUCCGUCUCCAAGACCACCACCACCUCAUCUUCUUCCUCCUCAUCCUCGCCGGUGAUUAAAUCCGAUCACGUGCUGGUGUCGCCGCAGUACAAGCAGGUGAGCACGUCGCUGUCCCAGCAGACCAACAGGGGGAUGUCUAUCGGUCGAUACCACACCACCACCAUCAAACAGACUCCAGGCCAGCUGUCCCGUAGUGUACAGCAGGCGCUGAGUGCGGGCGCACGCGGGGUGAGCCACAGCUUCUCCACAUCCUCCCAGCUCCAGAAUGCCGUCACGGCCGCCUCGCUGGUCAGCAGGCCAGGUAAGCACGCCGUGAGGGCAGGGGAAAAGGGCACCAGCAGCAGCAACCCAACCACCAAUACCUGGAGGAAACAGAACAGCGGCACUGCAGGUGUCACCAUGGCUUAUGUCAACCCCAGUCUGUCCGUGCACAGGACGACGUCUCCGGUGGACCGUCAGCGAGAGUACCUCUUGGACAUGAUCCCUUCCCGCUCCAUUUCCCAAACGGCAAACACAUGGAAAUAGUGCCCUGAAUAAAUCACCCGAAAAUGUCUCAUAAUUAUAAUCCUGUUUUUUUGGACAUGUGGUCGGUUAUCCGUAU